GGGCCUAUAUGUUGUAAUAGCUGUAGGGUAUGAAGAAAAGUAAUGAUAAUUUCGUUAUACGUUUCUGGAAGUGAUUUGACUUCAGUGGACGAGAAACAGGAUGGACACCUGCAAUGCGUGAAAUGUUUUGGGACAGGGGAACGGGGAGUCACGAAGCAAGAUGACACAUUCCUUUGCGCCGGGGAGCAGGCACGCCCCUCCAAGCUCCGCUGCUUUAUAACGGGACUGGGCCGGGCAGAGGGAGACUACACAAUUGUAACUCUGAACUCCAAGUGGAAGCAACUGUUCCAGUCAAAGAUGUACUGGGAUACCAUCCUGAAAUCCAACGAGAGAAACAUAGAUACCAGAGACUCUAAAAUAAAGAUGGAGAUAUACCAAGCUGGAUAUUAUAUGGAAGACUUCAGAACACAGGAAGUCCCUGCUGGUUUGGACUUUGCAUCAUAUGACUACAGUGAUGAAGACCUGUCUUUUCUAUUAGACAGUAAAGGACCAGGGCAGCAGCAACAGUAUCCAGAGAGUUAUGGAGAGCUGCAGAAGAAUCCACGUCCGUACGACAACAAAGUAACCUCAAGUGACUCUGUCCUGUUCAACCUGGAUUCAUACCCAGAGUUUAACUGUUGGGCGUCAUACCCAAGUGAUGGGCUGACUUUGGGCCAGUCUCAAGCGGGGUUCCAGGAUUCCACCCAGACGUACCACAGCCUUGUGCCCCUGUGUUCCCCAGCCCAGAGUGGACAGUUCAGCCCGGGCAUGGAGGAUGCCAGCACCAGCAACUCUUUCCUCCCUGGAAAAGGAACGAGCCACAGAGGGACCCCCAGCACUGUCAGCCUGGACCACCUCAAUGAAUCUGAGCAAAGCUACACCCGUCACUCAGGUGAAAAACUGUAUGACUCAGAAGCACAGAAGACCUCCUUCUGGCCGGACUACCCCUCUCCCAGCUAUAGCGCAUCCGUGCCGCCCCCUCACCACCCUCCAUCUUGUUCCUCAAUCCCUAGACCACAGCAGCCCUCAGAGCUGUACUGCCCCCGUGUGGCCAAACGCAAAAGUGCACACUCCCAAAGACCCGAGAGGGAAGGAGGACAAGUGAUGGGAAUGUCAGUUUAUCCAGGAUCAGGGCCCAUCCAAUUGUGGCAGUUCUUACUGGAGCUGCUUCUAGACUCCGCCUGCUGUACCUUCAUCUGCUGGACAGGAGACGGUUGGGAGUUCAAGAUGUCCGACCCAGCAGAGGUGGCCAAGCGCUGGGGUCAGUGUAAGAACAAGCCCAAGAUGAACUAUGAGAAGCUGAGCCGCGGCCUGCGCUACUACUACCACAAGAACAUUAUCCACAAAACGACGGGCAAGCGAUACGUCUACCGCUUCGUCUGCGACGUGCAGGGGAUGCUGGGAAAGACGGCACAGGAGGUCCUAGCCAGCCUGAACAUUUUACCCACGGGUACAGAAUCAUCCUGGCAAGGCCAGGGGGCACCAGUAUUAUCGCCAGAGUCCAGCGAAGCAUGGGUGUCGCAGUAGGGGGAGUGUACCAGCAGCUACAUCACUAGAAAUAUGCUAUGUAGAACAAACAUGCCUAUUAGACAUGUAGAAAAUGAAUCACAUUGGCUCUAUUUGUGGCAUUUCUAUCUGCAACAUUAGACAAUGUUUGGUGUAAGACUUUUAUUACCAAGUGAUACAGUAGUAGCCAUAGCUGUGGGAAGUAGGGGUGCUAAAGUAGGGGUGCAGCACCCCCUGAAAAUCAGAAUAAACAAAUUCUGUAGUAGCCUUCAAUUUGAUUUCAUUUUAGUGUAUGACUUACCUCCUAUUAACAUCAGCAGAAUAAGAGCUCAAUGAAACUGUAAGCCCAGCUGUCUCCAAUACUGAUGCUCUUUAUGUUAAUUACAUGGUUAGUUAACAACCCCCCUCAUCCUCAAGUACUUCUUGCCCCCUCUAAAAUAAUGGGUGCAUGACACCACUGCUUACCACCCAUGCUGUUGAACAAUGUUCAACAUUAACUUUGACUGUGAGGAUCUAUUUUUAUACCCUAACAUAUCUACCUCUUUUAUUGCUGACAAAAUAAAGCUAAGAGGGACCAUGUUUGUUCUGUUGAAUAUAAUGUGUGCGAUUUACAUGCUUUAGGGAACAAUAUUGUUUGUAAAAUGAUUGUAAAUAAACUGUACAUAACUUG